AUGAGUGGCAUCGUGACUGGUGGUACGGACACUCACCUUUUCUUGGUUGACUUUCGACCGAUCAAAUUAGACGGUGUUAGAGUCUAUACUGUGCUGGACCAGUUAGGUGUUACGGUGAACAAAAAUACAGUGCCCGGUGAUAUCAAUGCCAUGCGCCCGAGCGGAAUUCGUCUGGGUACUCCGGCCUUGACUUCGCGCGGCUUCCAGCUGGAGGACAUAGACCGUGUCGCAGACUUUGUACAUCGUGGAAUACAGCUGGCCCAGGAGAUUUCAAGACGCGCCGCUACCACUAAUAUUAAGGACUUUGAGGUGAGUCAGGUCCCUUCCCCCUCCCCGCGUACGCGUGGUGCGAGAAACUCAAUUUUGGCCGAUAUCGAACGUCGAAGUUACAUCGAACAUCUGCCCCCCCCCACUCCUAAAAGAGUAUAUGCAAAUCGGAUGAGUUGCUGCUGA